GUUAGUACAAUCAGACGUAAUACGAUCCAGUCAGUGCUAAUGAAUAAAUUUCAAUAGUACUUUCGUUUUCCUAUAGCGCAUAAUGCAGUGAAGAAAAUUAAUACGGAAUAUUUUGUGCUUUCGAUCAUGGACGGGGCAUGAGAACAAUACAAUGCCGCAUUGUAUUUAAAAUCUAGAAAUCGGAAAUGACGGUUUACAAUUGCAAUAAUUUUAGAAUUAGGAUGUGACAACUCAUAGUUAAACAAUGGCCACAGUUAACGAGGACAUUAAUCCGCAGAGACUCGACGAUGACAUGUGUCGUCGAGCUCUGAACAGGGCUCACAAGAAGGUUGUUGCUGAGAUGGACCCUGAUGUUGUGCUGAACGGACUCAGGAAUUCUGGGUUUCUGCCACAAGGAGAAUAUGAGGACCUAAUGAAUUUGAUCACACUGCCGAUGAAAUGUCGCCUCCUUGUGAAUAAAAUUAGUCAAGGUGGCAACGGAGCGUACUUCGAGUUCAAGAAAUGUCUUCGAGCAACAAAUCAUGAACAAUUAGUAAUAGAGCUCGAGUUAAAAGAAGUUGAAAUAAUAUCUGAGAUGACAAGAUAUACUGAGCUACAGAAUGAAAGAUCAAGUAGACGAAAUAAUGAGUUCACAUUGUAUGAAAGGAUGGAAACUGACGAUCAAACAAUACCACCUGCACCAGCGUUGCAAAGAAGUGCUUUGUAUGGUAUACGUCGUGACCAAGAAUUUGUCCAAACCAUAACCAAAGACCUCCAUAACGGGAGACUUAUUGAGCUGACCAAGGAGAUGGUGGAAGAGUUGAAGAGUCCGGGUGUCAGUGAACAAGGACAUCGGGGCGGAUUCGGCACUGUCUACAUAUCUAAAGAUCAAGUUCCCGGAUUCAAUUUGAGAGUCGUCCUCAAAGAAAUAAAUGCGAAACAGAAAGAUGGGAAUUUGUCACAAAAAUUAGGAUCUGUAACAAAUGAAAAGAUUGCAGCACGGCUGAUGCAUUUUGCUAUUGUUCCUCUUCUGGCAUAUCAUGACGAUCAUCAUAAUGAGAAAUACUACUUUAUUUCGCCUUAUCUUGAGAAUGGAGAUCUGUUCGAAGCUAUCGCACAUGACAGACUAUAUUCGUCUGCUGUUAAACUAAAUUGGGAAAUCCGGAUAAAGAUCAUGUACCAGAUUGCUUGUGGAAUAGACUUUAUGCACACCGGCAAUAAAUUCAGGGGAACAAUAUUACACAUGGAUAUUAAAUCAAAGAACGUUGUUUUGGAUGCCAAAUUCAACGCUAGAUUGAUUGAUUUUGGCCUGGCACGAGAGUUGAAAGAAGGCGAUGAAAAGUUGUUGUUGACAGCCUUACCUGUUGGAACACCUGGGUACUUUCCGACUGUUAGACAUAAUUUACUAACAAAACAACAUGACUUUCACAACUUCGGAGUAGUUUUGCGCGAGUUGUUGACAGGUCUUGAACCAUCUGAAAAGGAAGAGGGGGUUGACUUUCGAAAUUGGCACAAGAGUUUAAUAUUAAGAAAGAAAAAAACAGGUAAAUUGUGUACGACUUCAUAA